AUGUCACCAAAACCGAUGCCCUUCCCCGGCUUCACAGCCCUUAACGACCAGAUUUUCGUCCGCGACGGCGAGGAACUGGCAGAAGGCGCAACACGACCAACAGAUCACCCAAGAGUUGUAAUCAUCUACAGCUGGGGCGAUGCCAUCCCGAAGCAUGUCGUGAAGUAUACAGACGGCUAUCGCAAGCUCUACCCACAUGCGAAGCAGAUCGCUAUCCUUUCGCCAAUCCUGAAAGCUAUCACUCAGAGCGUCGAGCAGCGCGCAGACAGCAUGAGACUCGUCAUCGACGCUGCAUACCCCCCAGAGUCCGUGGGCGCCCCUGAUGAAGACGCCGUCCUCAGUCAUGGCAUGUCCAACACAGGCGCCAUCAACUACGCCUCGGCUCUCAAAGCAUACCAUGACAAAUACAACAAGCCCAUGCCGCACCGUCUUGCCGUCUGGGAUUCGACACCCGGCAGCCCCUACAUGACUUGGGAGACUCUCAAGCGCUGGGCCAAUGCCGCCGCCAUGGCAGUUGCGCCGUUCGUCCCGCUCCCUUACGUCGUUACGCAGACCAUCGUGGGCUUCUUGCUAGCGGUACAUCGCGGCUACCAACUGAUGGUUGGUUCGGAGCCCGCGCCUGUUUUCAGCAGCAAAGUGGCCAACGACACCGAAUUUGUGCCAGAGACUCUGCGGAGGCUGUACCUUUACAGCAAGGACGACAGAAUCAUCGCGUAUCACGAGGUCGAGGAGAACAUCGCCAUCGCUCAAGAGAAAGGCUUUAUGCACAACGCCGUCACAUUCGAGGGAAGCGACCACGUCGGCCACAUGCGCAUGUUUCCUGAGAGGUACUGGGGUGCCAUUCAGGCAUCUUGGAAGGAGGUUGCGUAA